CGCAACACGCCGCCUGUCACUGCUGGGAACUGGGAGAUUCACAAAAUACCUGUGCAGGUACGCAGACAGGUUUCAGCCCCGGGGCACCAAUCAGCAGCAAGAGGCGGGGCCCCUGGGCGUGGCCUUCCCGCACCGCCAACCCCCAGUGCCUGUGCGCACCGUCUCCAGACUCUGAGAGGAGGUGACAGGGCUGCUGGACAGACGACACACCGAGACAGACUCUGCAUAGGCUAACACCCCGCCGGCAAAGCAGGGAACCCACACCGGUACUAAACACAAAGCAGCGGGAGAGACCGGGCUGCUGAUGAGACACAUCGCCCUGGUCCGAGGGGAGAGAGACGGACUCUGCUGGACCGGACUGUCCCUGUGUUGCUGUCUCGGUACCCGGAGUCAUGCAAAAACAGCGGCCCGGCCGGGGGAAAUCCGCGCUGCCACCCAGCUAUUACGAGGGGUUUAUUGAGAAGAAAGGGCCCAAGGAAAAGGAGCACAAGCGAUACUGGACGAGUCUAAUCGGAGAUACUCUGUUCUUCUUCAAUAGCUCCCGGGACACCAGCUAUGUGGAGAAACUCUGUCUGUCUGGCUUCCUGUCGCUGACUGAUGACAACAGCCGAGACAAGAACCUGGAGGCGGGGCGACUGACACUGAAGAUGCGCGACGGAGAGUUCCGACUGACGGUUCCCAGUCUGGAGGCCAGGGAGCUGUGGAAGGGAUUCAUCUACACUGUCGUUGACCUCGCUGUGCCCCACUCCCUCACUCUGCUGCCUGGUCAGAUUCACCAGUUGCAGGAGGUCCUGUCAGAAGAGAAGAACCGGCGCAGGAAGCAGGAGGAGAGAGCGGCUCCCCCCGCAGACAGCCCAGCGAACUGCACUGAGCAGGAGGCAGAACUACCCAGAUGCUUCAACAAAGUGUCCCGAACCGAGGCAGAGUCUCUCCUGGAGAAAUACCCGGACUGCGGGAACCUGUUGCUGCGCCCGGGCAGAGACGGGCAGAGCUAUGCUGUGAGCACCAGACAGGAGCUCAAUGGGUCUUCAGUGAUGAAGCAUUACCGAGUGGGGAGGCAGGGCCCAGGCUACCUAAUCGAGGUGGAGAAUCCUAUCUCGUGCUCCUCUCUCAGUGACGUGGUGAGCUGCUUCAUAGAGAAGACGGACCGCACCCUGGUGCCCUUCAUCCUGCAGGAGGACUACGAGCACAGCAUCAGUUUUGUUCAAUCGGACAGAGACAGUGGGGAGGACACUGUGCAGCGCGCCCGAGCAUUCUCGAGCCCCAAACCGCCCCUUCUGCCCAAAAAACCAGGUCUCCCCUCUCCUCGGGCUUCACUUCCCAUCCUGUACACCGAGCCAGAACCGGAGCCGGAAGCAGAACUGGAGCCGGAACCAGAGGAAAACAUUUACCUGAACGACUACUGUAAUGCUCAGAGUGCGGAGGACACUGUGAAGAGAGGUCAGGCUAACCACUCCCCCCGACCCCCCCUGCUGCCGCCCAAACCAGCUCCCACGAAGAUGAACCCAUUCAAUACUAAGACUCCCGUGAAGCCCCCCGUGUGUCUCAAACCCAAACCCAACCAGCGCCCCCCCUCCGAAUCCAUGGCAACCAUGAAGCCCCUGUUAUCACAGCCCAGCGAGAUGCUGCUGCACAGUGUCACAGAGGAGCUGCGUGAGAAGCUGCUGCAGAGGCGAGUGAAUCUCAGCUGAGAGACGGGGGCCGACGGGGCCCGGGACACAGCAAUAAAGUUAAAUAGAACAUUUUCAAUGAUGCUGCCACUGAACAAUACUCCACAAAAUGACAAAGCAGCCCACCCUGAAACAAGGACAAGGACAGUGAAUGGGUUACCGUCUGUUCUCAAACAAGGACAAGGGCAGUGAAUGGGUUAAAGCUCUGGUGCACAACUCAGGCCAUGGAGGACCAGGGUCCCUCCUGGUUUUUGUACUAACCUUACCCUAAAUUAGUUAAUUGGACCAAUUAAGCUUCUAAUAAGAGCCAAUAAAGUAGUUUAGGGUGCAGCUGGAAUAAAAGCCUGCAGAGACCCCGGCCCCCCAGGACUGAGCUGUGCCCCACUGGGUUAAAGCAUCUCGUUUCUGCUGCACAGUAGAGCGCCACGCAGGCUUGAUAACGUGUUGCUGUAGCGCUGAGAGCGACAUGCAUCAGCAGGAGCAAACCGAGCACUUCGAUGAGAGGAUCCACCCUGCCCUACCGUCUCAACCCGCUUUCAUGCCCCGCGGUGCCACAAUAAGAACGCUGUGCUAUUUGUGGGGUGCGUAAUCCCCUUUGAUUCAGGAACUUUUAAAGGAUUCAUGUGUUAAAAAAACAAUGUUGUAAAAAGUGUGUAGAUAUUUUAAAGUACAGUAUGUGUGUCCUGUAUCAAUCCUUUCCGAUUCCAAACGCAAUUUGUCAAAAGAAAUCAAAUACAAAAUCAUUGAAGUUUU